GGUUUCAGAGCAGCCUCUCAGUCCCUCAGUGCUGCCUGUCUCUCACAUCCACAGCUGUCUGAAUCCAUUGUCCCAGCCAGCGAGACAGCCAGGGAGAGAGAAAGAGACUGCUGGGGCACGCACAGACACUCCUAGAGCUCUGCAUCCAAGGGGCGCAUUGGAAUCUCUCCAAGAGACAGCUCACAGCCCCCCGCUCCCCACCCCCAGGCACAUCUGGAGGAGAGAGACACCUACACAGAGACAGACCUGCCGAGAAGAGACUGCAGUGAUGGGCACAAAGGAAAACAGAGAAUGAGACUGUUCUACAUGGCUUCAGAGACUGCCUUGCUGAAAGAGACCUCUGAGAGAGCCUUGGCCGGGCCUGGGAGACAUCCGUGAAGCUGAACGGAGAGAGGGAUAAACUGGCACGGGUACAACAAGCGGAGAGACAGACCGUUAGGAGAGGGUGGACGUGGGGUCUCCUGGGAUGGAAACGGAGACAUCUGGUUAUAGGGGGAGACUGCAAGAGACAGAGCGAAGGAACAGGACUCUAACACCGAGCUGACACUCUAAAGGUGCCCUCUGAAUGCUCUUGGAGAUCUGUCACCUCCAGUCAGCUCUGCAGAAACCAUGCCGGCCUUCACCUUCUGCCUCCUGCUGCUCCUGGCAUGUUCACCCUCCUGGGCCUCUCUGGGCACCCUGGAGUUACACAUUGAUGAGGAGCAGCCUGCUGGCACCAUCAUCGGGGACAUUAGUGCCGGCCUCCCUCCUGGUUCUACUGGAUACAUGUUCUUCAUCUCUGCACAGGAGGGCAGUGGGGUCAGCACGGAUCUGGACAUCGAUGAAAACACCGGCAUCAUCAAGACAGCGAAGGUCCUAGACCGGGAGAAGCGCAACCACUAUAGUUUCAUUGCAGUCACCCCAGAAGGUACCACGGUGGAGGUGGACAUUCAUGUGGAUGAUAUUAAUGACCAUUCCCCCACGUUUUCAAAAGGGCGAACCGAGCUGAGUAUCCCAGAACACACCCCGUUGGGAACUCGGUACCCAGUGGAUCCAGCAAUGGACUCGGACAGCGGAGUAUUAAGCACUCAGGGUUACUUGAUCAGGAGUGGAGAUCCUCUGCAGAAGUUUCGCUUAGAAACCCGUAGAGUGUCCAAUGGGGUCCUGGAGGUUGAGCUGGUUGUGAGCUCAGAUAUCGAUCGUGAGAACCAGUCAAGCUACUCGCUUGUUUUAGAGGCUUAUGAUGGAGGCUCGCCUACUCGCAGCUCCCAGAUGCGGUUGGACAUAGUCAUUCUAGACAUCAAUGACCACGCACCGGUGUUCAACCAGAGUCGCUAUCAGGCACUCAUCUCAGAAAGCCUUCUGCCGGGGGCAAGCGUCUUGCAAGUCUAUGCUACGGAUGCUGACCAAGGCCCCAAUGGAGAUGUUCGUUAUGAGAUCAAUCGCAGACAGAGUGACCCGGAGGGCUACUUCACUAUAAAUGCUCAGUCAGGCCUGAUCCAGAUCAACAAGCCACUGGACUACGAGACCAGGAAGGUUCAUGAACUGGUUGUACAAGCCAAGGAUGGAGCAGAACAACCAGAGGUUGGCACAGCCUUUGUGUCCAUUCAGGUACGGGACUCCAAUGACAAUCAACCCAGUAUGACCAUUAUUUUUCUGAGUGAGGAUGGGGCUCCCAGAGUGUCUGAGGGAGCUAACCCGGGGCAAUAUGUGGCUCGUAUCUCUGUCUCGGACCCUGACUAUGGAGAACACCCAGAUGUAGAUGUAUCUCUGGAAGGAGGAGAAGGCAAGUUUGCCCUGACCACCAAAGACAGCAUCAUCUAUCUCAUCUGCGUCGACAAACUGCUCGACCGGGAAGAGCGGGACUCCUACCGCCUGAGAGUUCUUGCAACUGAUGCGGGAACACCCCCUCUAAGGGCGGAGUCUUCCUUUGUUUUGGAAGUGACUGAUGUCAAUGAUAACCCACCAGUAUUUGACCGGCAGGAAUACAGCCACACCGUUCCAGAAGCUGUGCACCCCGGCAGCUUCCUCCUCCAAGUAACGGCCCGAGACAGGGACCAGGGGGUAAAUGGAGAGGUAAGGUACAGUCUCUUGCCCACCCCAUGGUUCAAUAUCAACCCAGACACCGGGGUCAUCACAACUGCAGCUCCUCUGGACUAUGAACAGGAACCCCAUCCCAAAAUUACUGUGGUGGCAUCAGAUCAGGGUCAGCCGUCGCUAAGCUCCACAGCCCUUGUGAGGAUCCAUCUCCUCGAUGUCAAUGAUAACGAGCCAAUCUUCUCCAGCCCAGUUUAUAAUGCCACCCUGAGCGAGGGCACGGCACGGGGCAGCUGCUUCCUGCAGGUGUCGGCGCUGGAUAGCGACAGCGGCAGUUUGGGGUCGGUCUCUUACUCACUGAGCCCCACGUCCCCCCAACAGUUCCGCAUUCACCCAGAAAGUGGCAACAUCUGUACCACCGAGGCGCUGGACCGGGACGAUGGGGAGCGAACUUUCCUUCUGCACGUCACCGCUACUGACGGGGGGGGUCUCGCUGCUGCCUGUCUCGUGCACGUGACCCUGGAGGACAUUAAUGACAACCCCCCAGUUUUUUAUCCUCUUGACUAUGGUGGGAGCAUCAGCGUCCUCAGCCCCCCGGGCACCCCAGUACUGAGCGUCUCAGCUCACGAUAAGGACGAAGGCACCCACGGCACCCUCACCUACCUCAUCGCCUCCGGCAACAGCCCCCCUCUGUUCCGCAUCGACCCCGACUCAGGCACUCUAUUGGUGGCCCGCUCUCUCGCUGCUUGGGCCGGCUCUGUCGUUUAUGUGGAGGUGGGGGCUCAGGAUGGGGAAGGGGUAAGGGCAGAAGUUAAUGCCCGAGUGAAUAUCAGCAUCCUCCCUGGCACCGCCCCUGUGCCCACCUUCCUGCAGUCUCACUACCAGAUCACUGUCCCGGAGGAUACCCCCCUGGGGGCAAGUAUAGGGAGCGUCAUGGCGACCAAUCCCACAGGGGCCCCUGGGCCGGUGCUGUACUCCAUCUCGUCGGGGGACCCGCGGGGUUUGCUGUCCCUGGACCCCCAUUCCGGGCUGCUCUCCCUUGUGCGGCCGUUGGACAGGGAGCAGACGGAGAAGCUGCUGUUAGAGGUACAGGGGCGCAGUGGGGCCCCCCCAGCCUACGCCAGGGCCCACCUCACCCUCUAUAUCACUGAUGUGAAUGACAACCCCCCGGCCUUUCCCUCCCCGUUCCACACCCUGCGGCUCCAGUCUCCCAUCCCCAUUGGCUCGGUGAUAUUCAGGGCGCAGGCCACGGACCCCGACACCGGCUUCAACGGGCAAGUUUAUUAUGAAUUGGACUCCCCGGGGCCCUUCAGCAUUGACGGCUCUGGGCAGCUGCGGGCCACUGGCCUAUUGAGUCAGGAGCGCUAUGAUGUGCGGGUGUUGGCCUCGGACGGGGGGACCCCCCAACUCUCCUCGGCACUGGAGCUCACCGUGCUGCUGAUGGAGCUGCAGAAAGAACCGGCCUGUGGGGCCUCCGAUUACCGGGUGGAAGUGCGGGAGGGCAGCCCCCCCCUUAGCCGCCUCCUACAGGUGCGGGCACAGCCCCCCGGGGCAGGGGAGGGGCAGCUGAUCUACAGGCUGAGGCCCGACGCCGACGCCGUGGGGUUCAGCAUUGAGGCAGAUAGCGGCUGGCUUUAUGUACGGGGGGCCCUCGACCGAGAGAGCCGGGAGGCCUACGUACUGGCAGUGUUGGCAUCGGCCGGGCCGGGCACUCGCACCGCCACCUGCACCGUCAGGGUCCGAGUCACCGACGAGAACGAUAACAGCCCCCGGCUGAGCGAGGAGAGGUUCUUCCUUAGCGCCACGGAGAAUCGGCCCCCCGGGGAAACAGUGGGAAGGGUCAGCGCCACGGACAGAGAUGCCGGGCCCAACGGCCGUGUGUCCUACCGACUGCCCCCCCUGGAAUCUGACUUCCAUAUCAACCCCCAUACGGGUGAGCUCUCAACCCGGAGGGUGUUGGACCGGGAGCUGCAGGCCACCUACCAGCUUCUGGUUAUUGCCCAGGAUGGGGGCGCACCCCCCCGAAGCGUCACUGGCACUGUCCAUAUUACUGUGUUGGACGAAAAUGACAAUGCACCCACAUUCCUGCACCCCAAUGCGGGGAAAGAAAUAUCCUUACAGGUUAUGGAGGGGAAGAAGUCGGGCAUGUUCAUUGCAUCCCUACAAGCCAAGGACCCGGAUGAGGGGGAAAAUGGAACAGUGACCUACAGCCUGGCAGGUCCCUGGGCAGAGAGGUUCACAUUGGACAGAAACACGGGGGAAUUACGGACUGCGGCAGGACUAAUACAAGCGGAUCGCUCCCUCUAUACCCUGAGUGUAAGAGCCACUGACUGUGGGGUCCCCUCUAGGAGCACAGAGACCACUCUACGUAUACAGGUCAUUCCCGCCAGUCGUUACCCUUCCAAGUCAAACCCAAGUAGCCUGGUUCUGUCUCCCAUGGAAGGAUUGGCUCCUGGUUCCCUUUUAGGCUCCCUAGCUCCCAGAAUGCCCCAUGGCUCCAGAAUAUACACUUUGCUUGAUGAACCCCACGGCAUUUUCAUGGUUGAUGGCCAGACUGGGAGCAUCUUCCUGGUGGGAGAGUUGGACUUUGAGUCGCAGCCUAGAUUCAGUUUCCGUGUGAGUGUGGAGGAGGUACGUGAGGCGUCUCUAGGGUAUGUACCUCCUCACGUGGUCCAUAUAGAGGUGGAGGUGCAGGAUCGGAAUGACCAUUCACCAGCAUUUCCUGAGGACCCCUUGACUUUAGUGGUACCAGAAGAUGCCCAUGUUGGCUCCUCUGUCUUUACAUUCCAAGCCUCUGACCAUGAUGGCCCAGGACCCAAUAGCCAGGUGAGAUAUUCCUUACUGCGCCAGGAUCCAGGGUCCCCAGGUAGCACCUUCCGCUUGGAUGCAGAAACAGGGGUGUUGUAUGUGGCACAAGCGUUAGACCGCGAGGAAGUGUCCUCAUAUCUGCUCGUGGUGGAGGCCUCGGACCAAGCAGUAAAUGUCAGCCAGCAACGUUCAACCUCUGUAACUGCCCGCGUAUUCAUCAGUGACCGCAACGACCACGCCCCACAAUUCAUAACUCCAUUGGUGGUGUGGCUACCCGAAGACUUGCCUGUAGGAUCCACCGCAAUCUACAUGGUGGCACAGGACCCAGACCUGGGUGAUAACGGCAAAGUUGGCUAUCAGCUCGUUGGAGGGAAUGAUGAGGGCAAGUUCCAGCUACACCCGAGCUCAGGUGCCCUCACUGUGGUCCGGACCCUCGACCGAGAGACGACGGAAGGCUAUAAUCUGACGGUCGUAGCAAUGGACCACGGCUCCCCGAGACUCUCCUCCACCCAGACACUCUCCGUCUCCCUUCUGGAUGUGAAUGAUGAGGCUCCAUCCUUCGAAAAGCCACAAUAUGAUGCCCAAGUGCAAGAAAACCAGCCUGUGGGCACAACUGUACUCAGAGUGGUGGCGCUAGACAGGGAUUUAGGCCAAAGUGGGCGUGUCACCUACGGGGGCGUAUCCGGCGAUGAGUUUGCCCUCGAUCCAGAAACGGGGGUGCUCACCACCAAAGUACCCCUAGACCGGGAGGCCAAGGAGCUUUACAAACUGACAGUUUAUGCUCGGGAUGGGGGCUCCCCGCCUCGGCUCUCUGAGGUUGGGGUGCAGGUUAGAGUGGGGGAUGAGAAUGACCACCCCCCUACAUUUGAGCGAGACCUUGUGUUGCUGGAGGUGCCGGAGAACCAGGAGCCAAUGGAUCUGUGCGUUCUGAGCGCUUGGGACCCGGAUGGGGGAGAGAACGGGCGCCUCAAGUACCGACUAAUCGAAGGGGAUCCCUCCGGGGACUUUACGUUGGAUUCGGCCAAUGGGAAACUCUCUACGUCGCGCCCAUUGGACAGAGAGACGACGCCCAAGUACCAGCUGGUGGUGUCGGUGUCAGAUGGGGGGGCUCCGCCCCUCAGCGCCACCGCCAUGGUCAAUAUCAACGUGCUGGACCUGAAUGACAACACCCCCGCCUUCAGCGCCUCGGCCUUCAGUGCGGAGGUUCCAGAAGACGCCCCGGUGGGCAGUUUGGUUCUGCACUUGUCGGCAGUUGACCCAGAUGACGGCCCAAGUGGCCAGACCACCUAUCACCUGUCCAAUGGGACGCAGGGCGCCUUCUACAUUGACCCCCUCACUGGGCGCAUCACCACUGCCACCCAGUUGGACCGUGAGCGUAGGGCGAGCUACACCUUCCUGGUUUGGGCCAUAGAUUCUGACCCAGUCGGGCCCCGCAGCGCCGAGGCCACAGUAACGGUUCUUGUUAGAGACGUGAAUGAUAACGCCCCCGCCUUCCUGCGCAGCCCCUUCCAUCUCAACCUGUCGCGCAACACCCCCACCAAGAGAGCCAUCGCCGCCAUGAAAGCCGAAGAUAAAGACGCCGGUGCCAACGCCUCCAUUUUGUAUCGCUUGGCGCCGGCCUCGGCCACGGGGGGUUUCUCUGUGGACCCCUACACUGGGGAGGUGCGGCUGCUGGAGCCGCUGAGUGGGAUGAGCCCCAAGGAACGCACUGUGUUUGUGCAGGCCACGGAUUUGGGGGAGCCCCCACUCUCUUCCACGGCAGUGCUGGUUGUGCACCUACGUGAGGAGGCGCCACAGGGGCCACGGUUCCCCCAGGAGGCCAUUGAGAUCAGUCUCCCUGAGAACAGCCCAGAGGGAUCGGUGGUUGGCACGGCAACGGCUGCACAUACUGGUGGAUCCACUGGGAGGAUCUCCUACAGCUUCCUGAGUGGGAAUGAGAAUGGGGCGCUCCGAAUCCACCCAACUACAGGGCAAAUCACAGUAGCACAGGCGGCCAUGUUGGACUAUGAGCAGAACCCCCGCCAUAAGCUGGUUCUACAGGCAGAGACCCAACAGCACCUCAGCUUUGCCACCCUGACCAUCAGCCUAUUGGACCUGAACGACAACGCCCCCCGCUUCAAACUCCCCCGCUACACGGCCUACACCCAGGAGGCACAGCCUGAUGGGAGUCCCCUCAUACAGGUUUUGGCAGAAGAUCCAGACCAAGGACUGAAUGGUCAGGUGACCUACUCUUUUGACCAAUCGCAGGCAAUGAAAGAUCUGUUCCGCAUAGACCCCCAGACGGGCGCCAUCACCACUGCCGCCAUCUUGGACCGUGAGAUUUGGUCCCAGGCCCACUUGGUUGUUAUAGCAACAGAUCGUGGCUCUCCUCCUCUCACCAGUUUUGCCACCCUAACGGUUUUGGUGACGGAUGUGAAUGACAAUAGCCCCACCACCCCCCUCCAGCUAGAGCUGAGUGUCCCCGAAGAUGCUGUGAUUGGCUCAGAGAUUCUCCAGGUGACAGGGAAUGACGUGGACUCGGGCCCCGCCCUGUCGUACACCCUGUUAGUGGAUGGGGCAAUGGAGGGGGCAUUUACCAUGUUACGAUACGGGGGGCAGAUCUGGUUGUCCCGACAGUUGGACUAUGAGGAUCGGAAGUCGUACUCACUCACCGUGCAAACGUCCGACGGGAAACACCUCACUCACGCUGAGCUCACACUCACACUCCAGGAUGUCAACGACAACUCCCCAGAGUUUGGCAAGAGCCUGUACCAGGUCUCCAUCUUGGAACACGCGGCUGCUGGGACCCCACUCUUUACAGUAAGGGCCACGGAUCGGGAUUCGGGGGACAAUGGAAGAGUCAGUUACAGAGUUUUGUCCCCAGUGGGCGGAGCUUUCCACAUUCACCCUGACAAUGGGACCCUUUUUGCUAACAAGUUGGUGGAACUGGAUCCCCAGUCCCCGUUGGUGGAUGUUCUGGUGGAGGCCCGUGACCAUGGCUCCCCAAGCCUCGCCUCCCUCACUACCGUGCAGUUCCUGGUUGUGGAUGCCAAUGACCACUCCCCGACAUUCUCCCAAUCCCAGUACAGCGCCUCGGUGCCCGAGGAUCUCCCAUUGGGCAGCACCGUCCUGAUCUUGGAAGUGACCGACGCCGACUUCACUCAGGAGAACGCCGCCCUCGACUACACUAUUUUGAGUGGAAACACGGACAACGCGUUCCAGGUCCAGAGUGGGAUGCGCUUCUGGAAUGGCCGCUUUCAGCAGAUUGGCUCCAUCAUCUUGACGGACUCAUUGGACUUUGAGGCCAUUUCCUUCUACAACCUGACCCUGGGAGCCUCAGACAGAGGAGUCCCGCAGAGGAGUCACUCCGUCCCGGUGUUGAUCAAUGUUCUCGAUAUUAAUGAUAAUCCUCCAGUCUUUCCUCGCCCUCUGUACAGUGUCCUCCUAAGUGAAGAGGCUCCUGUGGGUUCCGAGGUGCUACGGGUGCUGGCCCAGGACUCCGACUCGGGGAGCAAUGGGUUGGUCCAUUACAGUAUCACUUCGGGGGACGAGAGCCGACUCUUUCAGAUAAAUGAGGCAACGGGAGCCAUAAGGCUGGCUCGACACCUGGACCGGGAGCGGCAGGCCCUACAUGCACUUGUGGUCCUGGCACUUGAUGGUCAGGGGGGCCAAGCUAACUUUGCCCUGGUUCCGGUAACCAUUGAAGUGCGAGACAUAAAUGACAACAAGCCCUACUUCCCAGUGCAGAUUCUCACCACCAGCAUCCGGGAGAACCAACCAGCGAACACUCCUCUCACCAAAAUCCAUGCUAUUGACUUGGACACGGGGGUGUACGGCCAACUCUUCUACACCAUGCUGGAUUUGGCGGUGGCCGGGUCAGGGAUGCUGAUGGGGAAAGACAUGUUUGUGGUUAACAGAACCUCGGGGGAGCUUCGUUCCAAGCAGAGUUUCGAUUACGAGCGCAUAAAGGUGUUCAACAUGGUAGUGAAAGCUAUGGAUGCCGGUAACUUCUCAGCCACGGUGACGGUCCAGGUUCUUGUGACCGGGGAGGAUGAAUAUAACCCAGUGUUCAUCUCCCCAUUCUUUAAUUUUGAAGUUCCGGAGGGGGCAGUUAAGGGCGAGAGCCUCGGCCACGUACAAGCGACAGAUGAGGACGAAGGGGCUGAUGGGGUCGUACUUUACUCUUUCUCCAAGCCAUCCCCGUACUUUGGCAUCAACGAGACUACGGGCAACAUUUAUCUGAAGACCGACAGUCAGAGGCACCGCUCUGGGCGUUCCAAACGGGAGACCAGGGAAAUGACACUGGAAGUCCACGCCCACAGUCCGCUCCCCUCGUCACGCGUGGCCACGGCUCAGGUAACAGUGGACGUGACACAUACCUCCUUCGGCCUGGCACCUGAUCUGAAUUUACUCCUCGUAGUGUCUGUGGCUUCCUCCUUGGCGGUGGUGGUGGUGCUGGCUGUGGUUGCCAUCGUUCUGGUGAUUUGCCGAUCUCGGGGCAUCAAUAAGAAACAGCAGGAGGAUGAUGCCCAGUUGGACACGUUGCAGAGAAGCACUUUGCAGAGGAUGGGCCACGACAAGUCCACAUUGUCCAGUGGGGAUCGAAUCUACCAUCAGGCCCUCCCUGGUUACACCUUGGACUCAUCGGUAGGAGAUGCCCCUUACACUAGGGGUGGGUCACUGGAUCCUUCACACUCCAGUGGUCGUGGCUCAGCAGAAGCAGCGGAGGAUGAUGAAAUUCGGAUGAUCAACGAGUACCCCAGAGUCGCCAGCAUAACCUCCUCAAUGCAGGAACAUAUCUCGGCACGAGGUCCCGACUCUGGGAUCCAGCAGGACGCCGACCAGUUGUCUGACAUCUCCUGUGAUCCCUCCAUGGACACCGAGCAGUGGUUUAAAAGCAAGAAGGGAUCCAGCCAGUCACAGAUCUAUCGGGAUGAUGGUGGUGGGGGAGGAGCAUUUGUGGGGAUGGGUUGUGGGCUCAACAUGUCCCAUCACAAGGACUACUCUUUCCCAGAAGAUGGCAAGCCGUCUGUGGAGGGCUCACUGACUGCCAUUGUGGCCAGUGAUGAAGAAUUACGUGGCAGCUAUAACUGGGAUUAUCUCCUUAACUGGUGCCCUCAGUUCCAACCCUUGGCCAGCGUUUUCAUGGAGAUCGCCCGUCUCAAGGACGAGUCCGCAUUACGGAGACCGUUCCAACUCAAACCCAAGUCUGUCCCUCAACCCCGCAUUGACCCACCUCCCCUUAUAACUUCUGUGGCUCACCCCGGUGCCAAGACCGUUCCACCCAAGCCGGCUGUAGUCAGAGCGUUUCCCAACUUCUCAUCUCUGCGCCGCUCCCCUAUCACUAAUGAAGCCUCGCUCACUUCGUCUGCCAUACCCCCCAGCUUUUCUCCAUCACUCUCCCCACUUGCAGCACGUUCCCCCGUUGUGUCCCCGUUUGGCAUCUCCCAAGGACCCACCGCAUCUGUUCUUAGCACGGAACACAACCUUGACCCUGUAGGUGACGGAGAGCUGAGGAUUUAAUGACCCCUCAAGGGUGAGGAUGAAACAUUUCCGAGUCGGGAUGAGUGAAUGAUAUCUCUUGGGGGUCACAGACACUUUAUCCAUCGGUCUCUUUGCCAAACACAAACAUUGAGUGAAAGGGGAGGUCAAGCCUCAUUUACCACAAGUCAAGACUGAUAACUGUGGUCUCCCCAUCAGAAUCAUUUUUCCCAAGGUCCCCUCUGUUGACCAGGGGUAGGAAGCUGAGACCUGAGUUUCUCUGGUGCAUGAAAGCUGAUUGGUCCCCAUUUGAGCAGAGCCACUACCCUGAAAUCUAUCGCUGACCAUAAACCCUGACCCCUACUGGUAGCCAGAGGCACAACCCCAUCACUCCCCUGCUACCAACCUUAUCUCACCCUUCAGGCAGGACCUUAAUACUAUAAAUCACAGGGUGGCCAACCCUCACGUGGAAUUUGAAUGUAUUCACAGGUGCGUAAAUGCCCCCCCCCGAGGUAGCCGGGGUAUAACCUUAUAACAGGAAGCAGUGACCCGAACAGAGGAUGUGAGUGGAACUUGGGGGCCCAAGAAUGUUAGUGAGAUAGCACUUAAGUAGGGUGUAAGUGGAAGAUGCGGUGGGAUAAUUACUAUUAUGUAUGAGAAUAUGCAACGAAGGAAGGAAAAGAUCCCAGUGAUACAGUGUGGGGGGGACUUUGGGGGCUUCUUCUGCCUCCCCCGGGGCUCAGUGACUAUAAAUGGACAAUACUUUGCCAGGAACGUGCAGAAGGUAUUGUGCACCAGCAUUACCAGGAGUAGCGAGCAAUAAGAUGCACUCGGGCGAGUGUCACUCACAUGUCUGUGCGUCUCAUGUCCAUGUGUCUGUCUGUGCAUCUUCUACCUUGGUGCCGGAGGGAGCAGAGCUCUCUCUCUUUGGGAGGAGGUUCAGUGGGGGCAACUUCUCUGGGCCCUGAACUUAGUGGGUCCCUUCAGGAGAACAUCUGUAUAAAGGAAGAACCCAGGAGGAGCUGGAGAAGCGAUGGGAUGGAAGUGAUGGAAGGGGUGGAUUGGGUGGAAGUGAUGGAUGGGGUAGAAGGGGUGGAAGUGAUGAAAGGGGUGGAUUGGGUGGAAGGGGUGGAACUGUCUCUGGGAAUGUGAAGGUAACGUGGUUAUUGGCCACAUUGAGUUGUCCGUCAGACAGUUGAAGGCCUCGGACUGAACGAACAUUCAUCACCGAAGAUAAAGUAUGCAGAGUUGGUUUUGCCCCUGAGCAAGAGGGCACCAAACAGAUGGCAGAACUCUGUGGGGCAAACAAUGAGCAUGCAGGGUAUCUGCCAUUUGCUCUUCCUAAAUGUGGUACUAAUGACUGAAGCACUAUUGCCCCCCCCUAAAUGUCUCUAUGUAAUCGCUGUCUCUCCAAUUGCCCCAUCUGUGCCACCAACUGCCCCGUACUUUGCUGGAUGGUCACCCACUAACGUUGCUUUAUUUAUUGACUGGCACCUUCUGUGCAUGCAAAGAGCCAAGCUGCCUGGCAGGGGCAAAUCUGCCCCCUCAUAGGAUGUAGUUCCCCAUGGUUCUUGCCCUGAUCUCCGCCCUCCCAAUUACUUGCAGUUUGGUGCCGGGGCAGUUGCCAAUCCUUACUGUAGGGCAUGGCAUGUUAGAUGGCAUCUCCCUGAGUGUGCGCCCCAAGCUGCUAAUUGGGCUGUUUGUAGGGGCCAUAACGAGCCCCUCAUGGUGAAUAUGUUACCCAAAACUCGAUUUCUGGGGGUAACUUGCCCUUUGUGAAACUGUUACACCCCAGGUACAUAGGACAUUCUAAUAGUACCCCAGCUAUUGCCUACCCCAGUAUUGCACAAUGUCUGCGUGGUCCCCAGUAUUUGGGGGGGCUGUGCGGUCCCCAUAGCACCACCCUGUGUAAGUGUUACCAAGCAGUAUUUUAGGGGGGCUGUGCGGUCCCCAUAGCACCACCCUGUGUAAGUGUUACCAAGCAGUAUUUGAGGGGGGGCUGUGUGGUCCCCAUAGCACCACCCUGUGUAAGUGUUACCAAGCAGUAUUUUAGGGGGGCUGUGUGGUCCCCAUAGCACCACCCUGUGUAAGUGUUACCAAGCAGUAUUUGAGGGGGGCUGUGUGGUCCCCAUAGCACCCCUCUUGUGUAAGCGUUACUAUGCAGUAUUUGAGGGGGGCUGUGCGGUCCACAUUGAACCCCCCUUGUAUUAACAGUAGCUGUUCCCCAGCAGUAUUACAGGAUACCAGCACCCCCCUUGUCUAGCUGCUACCCCAAAGGGUGUGUCUGUGCUCCCCAUAACAUACACCUUUGUGUAAAUGUUACCCAGCAGCAACCCCUGUGUGUACCCCUUACCCAGCCCUACUAUUCAGUUAGUUUAUGGCCCCCAUCUCAUACUCCUAUGUGUAAAUGUUACUCAGCAGUACUACACAGUUGGUUUAUAGUCCCCAUUGGCUACUCCUAUGUGUAAAUGUUACCCAGCAGUACUACACAGUUAGUUUAUGGUCUCCAUUGGCUACUCCCAUGUGUAAAUGUUACUCAGAAGUGCUACACAGUUAGUUUAUAGUCCCUAUUGGAUACUCCUAUGUGUAAAUGUUACCCAGCAGUACUACACAGUUAAUUUAUGGCCCCCAUCUCAUACUCCUAUGUGUAAAUGUUACCCAGCAGUACUGCACAGUUGGUUUAUAGUCCCUAUUGGAUACUCCUAUGUGUAAAUGUUACUCAGCAGUACUACACAGUUAGUUUACGGUCCCUAUUGGAUACUUCCAUGUGUAAAUGUUACUCAGCAGUACUACACGAUUAGUUUAUGGUCUCCAUUGGCUACUCCCAUGUGUAAAUGUUACUCAGCAGUACUACACAGUGGGUUUCUGUUCCUCAUAGCAUACUCCCAUGUGUAAAUGUUACUCAGCGGUACCACACAGUGAGUUUAUGGUCCCCAUUGGCUACUCCCAUGUGUAAAUGUUACUCAGCAGUACCACACAGUGAGUUUAUGGUCCCCAUUGGCUACUCCCAUGUGUAAAUGUUACUCAGCAGUACCACACAGUUAGUUUCUGUUCCUCAUAGCAUACUCCCAUGUGUAAAUGUUACUCAGCAGUACCACACAGUUAGUUUCUGUUCCUCAUAGCAUACUCCUAUGUGUAAAUGUUACUCAGCAGUACCACACAGUUUCUGUUCAUCAUAGCAUUCUCCUAUCUGUAAAUGUUACUCAGCAGUACCACACAGUUAGAUUCUGUUCCUCAUAACAUACGCCCAUGUGUAAAUGUUACUCAGCAGUACCACACAGUGAGUUUAUGGUUCUCAUAGCAUACUCCCAUGUGUAAAUGUUACUCAGCAGUACUACACAAUGAGUUUAUGGUCCCCAUUGGCUACUCCCAUGUGUAAAUGUUACUCAGCAGUACUACACAGUUAGUUUCUGUUCCUCAUAGCAUACUCCUAUGUGUAAAUGUUACUCAGCAGUACCACACAGUUUCUGUUCCUCAUAGCAUUCUCCUAUGUGUAAAUGUUACUCAGCAGUACCACACAGUUAGUUUCUGUUCCUCAUAGCAUACUCACAUGUGUAAAUGUUACUCAGCAGUACUACACAGUGAGUUUAUGGUCCCCAUUGGCUACUCCCAUGUGUAAAUGUUACUCAGCAGUACUACACAGUUAGUUUAUGGUCCCCAUUGGCUACUCCCAUGUGUAAAUGUUACUCAGAAGUACCACACAGUGAGUUUCUGUUCCUCAUAGCAUACUCCCAUGUGUAAAUGUUACUCAGCAGUACCACACAGUUAGUUACUGUUCCUCAUAGCAUACUCCCAUGUGUAAAUGUUACUCAGCAGUACCACACAGUUAGUUUCUGUUCCUCAUAGCAUACUCCCAUGUGUAAAUGUUACUCAACAGUACCACACAGUUAGUUUCUGUUCCUCAUAGCAUUCUCCCAUGUGUAAAUGUUACUCAGCAGUACCACACAGUGAGUUUCUGUUCCUCAUAGCAUACUCCUAUGUGUAAAUGUUACUCAGCAGUACCACACAGUUAGUUUCUGUUCCUCAUAGCAUUCUCCCAUGUGUAAAUGUUACUCAGCAGUACCACACAGUGAGUUUAUGGUCCCCAUUGGCUACUCCCAUGUGUAAAUGUUACUCAGCAGUACUACACAGUGAGUUUAUGGUCCCCAUUGGCUACUCCCAUGUGUAAAUGUUACUCAGCAGUACUACACAGUGAGUUUAUGGUCCCCAUUGGCUACUCCCAUGUGUAAAUGUUACUCAGCAGUACCACACAGUGAGUUUCUGUUCCUCAUAGCAUACUCCUAUGUGUAAAUGUUACUCAGCAGUACUACACAGUGAGUUUAUGGUCCCCAUUGGCUACUCCCAUGUGUAAAUGUUACUCAGCAGUACCACACAGUGAGUUUCUGUUCCUCAUAGCAUACUCCUAUGUGUAAAUGUUACUCAGCAGUACCACACAGUGAGUUUCUGUUCCUCAUAGCAUACUCCUAUGUGUAAAUGUUACUCAGCAGUACCACACAGUGAGUUUCUGUUCCACAUAGCAUACUCCUAUGUGUAAAUGUUACCUAUCAGUAUUACAGGAAGGUCGUAUGGCCUAUGAACUUAAGACCCUUAUUUAUUGUAUUCCACAGGAACCAGCAGCUUUGUUUAACCCUUUGUGUAUGUUGGAAGUAUCUAUGUUUGGGGUGGGUGGGAGUUUAUAUCACAGGGUGAAUAUUAGGCGCGAGGGUGGGCACGGAAUUAUCACUCGGCCCCCCGUGCCGCCAUUUCACAAGUGCCAAGUUUUAUACAGAAUUGCUUUUAAUACGUUUAAAUCUGUUUGUAAUAAAAUAAAAUAAAUAAGAAAGGUUG